UAUACGCAGAAAAAUGUAAAUUAUUCACAAGAAUAAUGUCUUUUUUGUAUGAUACUACAGAAACUCUGUCCCAGAUGGUUAAUGAAACUGCCUCUACAAUUCGAAAUCUCAGCUUCCUUCAGGAAACUAUGAAAACAAUUAAUCUACAAACACUUUCGGACAAUCUCACGCUUGAAACCAUUGGCGUUGACCCUGAAGUUGCACUGAAAGAUUUUAAUAUAAGUUCUUCUACAUUGGAUGAAGCAAUAGAAAACGCGAAAGGAAAUGUGUCAACAGAUCCACUCUUGGAAAAUAUAGCUUCUUUUGCUGAUGAAGCUAGCACGUUUCUUGCAGACGAAGCUGAGAGUGCUAAUAAACUAUUUUUUGUGAACCAAUGGAUUGCUGCUAUGAACAACGUAACCUUGGAAUAUUUUGAUAACGACACGUGCGUUUCUUUUCUGGAUUGUGCUCACUACGCCAUCGCCGCCUUGUACGAACAGUUUAUGGCUGUAAAUAUAACAAACCAGACUGAAAGCAUUGACAGAAUAUCGAAAUUUGAAGAUACCUUUCUUCUUUUAGUUGGCAACAGUUCCCAUGCUACUGAAGAUGUUGAUUCAAUGGCAAUUACUUUAUUAGCAACUUUGCGACAAAUGAAAGAACUAUGUGUCUUUUGUUCAAGAGCUCCGGAAAUGCUUGGGCCACUGCAAAACCUUACUGUAAAUACUGGACAGCAAUUAUCUCUUGUGUGUAAUGUAACAGGUGACCCGACACCCACGUUUUGGUGGUAUAAGGACACACAUAUUAUAUCAGAUCAACAUUCGAUGACAUUGACCAUAUCAAAAGCAAACAUCGACGACGGUGGAUCGUACCAUUGUGUUGCAGGAAAUCUGGUAGCGAAUUAUUCUUUUGACGAAGCUUUCGUGACGGUAUUGGGGAAGGAAUUCGACGAUACCGAAGGCAGACCAUCUGAGUACACCACCGUUAAUGCAAAUGAAGAGACAGAAGACAGCACAAAAGGUGCCAAUCCUUCUGAGAAGAGUACAGACCUUCAGCUUGAAAUCGUUUUACUUCCGGUAUUACUUGGUGUAGCUUGCGCCUGUGCCGUCGUCGGAGUGUUAGUAUGGAGACAUAAUAAAAGGAUUAAUGCACGAAAGGGAGGCUCAACUGCAAGCUUAGCAAGCCUGAACGUGGUUCGACCGAUGAAUACGAAGCCAACGUUUGACCCUAAAUCCCAGUGUACAACAGCCCCUGCGGUAGCCAUAAAAUAACAACAUCCUACAGUGAUGUCCUCUUUGUGUUUUUAUUUAAACGGUACAUUUUUAAGUUAUGUAUUUAAAAUAAAUAUAUCAGCUUUCGUUCCCAGUUUUUGUUAGACCUCUCUUUAUGUAUCGAAAAGUGUGUGUUUUCUGCGUGUGAUAUUUUGUUAACGUAUUUACAUCACAGUGUUAUUUGGAAUAUCAAGCCAUUUCUCCCUGUUUAGGGUAUUGCGUUUUUAACAUGAUUAACUCUUGGCUGUACUUUGCUUCACUUUUUAUAUUUGGAUUGUUGACCUUUGUCUUAUUCAGAAAUAUUAUUUUUAAUGUCAUGCAUUUUGUUUUUCCACUUUUUGUUACCCUUUAUGCUAGGUUUUCUGCAUCAACACUGAUAGGAUUAAUUUAGGUAAUUAAAGUGAGACUGCACGAUUUUUAUGUGUGCUAAAUUGUAAUAUAUUGAUAAAAAUCUGUUACACUAGCACAAAAUAGGCAAGGCAAAUUAUACAUUGAAGACGAAUUCAUAAAAUGCAGCAAAGACAAAUAAGCGCCAUGAGCCGACUGUUACGAAGAUAUUUCGUGCAUAUUUUCCUACAAUAACCGAAGCGUUCUUUUUUAUUAGGAUCGGAGUAGGUGUUCGUGUGUCGUUUGAAUCGAUAUCAUUGCAGGAAAUUAAAACGAUCCGUAAAAUUAAAUUUAAAUUCACAUCGUACAUGCAUAAAAUACAUUUUGGAUUUCAGAAUUUAAUAUCUGGCUUAUUUCGUAUUUUUCGACACAUGUUCUUCUUAACUUUUAUUUUAAUUUAUAUUGAAAUAUAUGUAUAAUCAUUUGUUUACACAAGUUUUAUAAAUUUAUAAAUAUUAACAAAAUCGUGCAGUCCCACUUUAAAACUUUAACAUUACCGGUGUUAAAUCACCUCUUUGUUAAAUUGCCUAAUCCACCACCUAACGUGUAAGUAGAGAUCAAACUGUUUUUUAAUUUUGUGUGGAAUGGUAAACCAAAAUGUAGCAAAAAUAUUGUAAUAAAAGAAUAUACACAAGGUGAUAUAAAGAUGAUAUAUCUGUUUGCCUUUGUAACAUCUCCGAGGUGCUCAUGGAUCCGUAGAAUUGGUUGGAAAUGAAACAUGGAAAAAUAGUGUAAAUACUAUGAUUGAUUUUCAAACAGGUAUACAACUGUCACUAUCAUGAAAACUUAGUUAACAAGAUAAUAAAUGAAUUUGGAAAAGAUACAUUGAAAUCAUGUGUUGGACUUAGUAGAAAAGAAUCAUUUAACAAUCAGCUUUUACUUCAAAAUCCAAUCUUCUAUAACCCGCACAUAACAAUUGGUAGCAAAAGUGUGUUUAUUAAAUCCUGGUUUCACAAGGGCAUUGGUUCUGUUAGGGAUUCGAUAAACAGUACUGAAUUUUAAAGCUUUUACAGUUAUAAGGAUUUUUGCAAAGUAUAACUUACACCCAAACUACUUAUUUUUUCUAGAAAUGAUGAACGCAGUGACAAGAUACAUGAAGCUCAUAAGCUCUUCUGAAACAAGCUUUAUGAAGCUGUUUAUCCCCACUAGCUUAUGGCCUAUCUUGGUCCACACACUAGGUUCUGUAUGAAAUAAUUUCCAAAAACGAGUCUUCACCAGUGUGUAUUGAUAAAUGGUUGAACAUUUUAAUUUUAUUAAAACAAAAGAAUGGCGACCUAUUUUUGAUAUGCCUUAUC